AUGGAAUAUUCCAAUCCCAAAGUGAUUAAAGAAUCCCUAGUAUCUGAAAGUUUAACCACUAAAUGGCUUACUAAUUACACAGAAGCCCAGAAACUGAACUUUACAGGCUGUCCUGCCAGGCUGUUCGUAAAGUUCCCUGAUAGACCUGUACAGUUCCGAUGGUCCAACACCUCAUCAUCCGAAAGUGGUAGUGACAAGCGACCAGACGCAAUAAUUAGUAACGUUACACAGCUUGAAUUUGACUCUGCAUUAGGAUUUGGAGAAGCCAAAAAAGUUGAAAGAAAUUGCAACACAUAUGGUCUUUGUCACGACUUGCUGCGGUUGGCUAUUUUCACAAAAAACAUGAUUGAUAUCAACAAGUUGAAUGAAUCAUUGUCAUUCCAAAUUCAUGGUUUCAACAUUUCAUUUUUCCUGAUAAGAUUGGAUCAUCAUGGCAUUUAUACCAUGGUUGAAGUUGGCCAUUUGAAAUUUCCAAAAUCCAUCAAAGAGCUACCAUCUCUAGUUACCUUGCGUAAUUUGAAGAUUCUUCCUUGCCAUCAAGGAUGCCUUUUGGAGACUAUGUUGACCAUACAAAGAGCCUGA